CAGCAACAACAACAAAAGGGAGAACGGCCGUUUGGCGCAUAAAAAAGAAUCGCAAUUUGGCCUUUGAAUAGUUUCUGAAAAGCCAGCCAUGUCCGAUGCGGCCAAGUCCAACAACAAUGCGUCCGCCGAUGCACCUGAUCCGGCCACACCCGACGCCACUCCCUCCGCUGGAGGAGCUCCUCCUGAUGAGACCAAUGAAGCCACUCCGCGUGGUAAUCACAACAACAACAACAGCAAGAGCAAGAGCUCGAACAAACUGAAGUCGACGCAGAAUAGCAGCGGCGGUGGGAGCAUAGACAAGCUAUCGCCGGACCAGGACAUCUUCAUCAACGCCGCCGACGGGCUACCCAAUCAGCAUCCAACGCUACCUAAAGAGGGCGACGUGGACAGCGACACAGAGCCGGAGGUGGACGCGGACUCGUUCGACGACCUACCCACCUCGAUAAUCGUGACCAACAUCCAUUCGGAGGUGUUUGCCAAUCCGGAACUGAAGCACGCCAUGGAGGAGCUAUUCCGGACGUUCAGCGAAACGGCCACGUUCCAAUGGCUGCGCAGCUUCCGCCGCCUGCGGGUGAACUAUGACAACGCCAUUGCGGCGGCCAAUGCGCGGAUCAAGCUGCACCAGUACGAGUUCAACCCGCGCACGGUGAUCACCUGCUACUUUGCCCAGCCGGUGACACCGGUGAGCAACAAGAACCUGCAGCCGCCGGCGCCGGUCAAACAGUUCCUCAUCUCGCCGCCCGCCUCGCCGCCAGCCGGCUGGGAGCCGCGCGAGGAGGGCGAGCCGCUGGUCAACCAUGACUUAUUGGCCGCCCUGGCCAGUCUCACGCCCGGCGAGUCGCACGAGCUGCAUCCACAGAGCGAGGACCAGCCGGCCAUAAUUGUGCACACGGCCAUGCUGGCGGAGACUGGAUCUGGAGGCAUCCAGGUCAAGGCGCCCAUUGUCCAGACCAAGUGCCCUGAACGAGCAUAA